GUUUUGAUGAACUAUUAACGCUAAUUUUCAACUAACUAGGCAGUUUAAUUAUCGAUUGUUUAUGUUUUUGAGCAAAUGAUAAUUAGGUGAAUUGAGGUAAAUAUGUAAGUUGUCCGAUAUACUUUAUAUGACGUGCCAUACACCUAAACAAACCCCAUUGCCAACAUCCAUCCAAAUGUAGCCGAACAUUAAAAAAAGCUCAUUGACUCUUUCGAAAAGCACCCUAUCUCCGCAUCAGGCCCCCCGACGACAUACACGAUCGCUGUGAAAUGAUACACUUGUUUCAAAAACUCAUUUAGUUAGUGCAUUACCCGUGGAGAAGAAGAAAAAAAAACGCGAAGAAAAAUCCCAUCCAACCGGAACAUGUCCACCCAAUCCACCCGACCGCAAUUCAUCGCAAAUCGGAACACCGGUACGGAAUUAACCUUGGCGAAUAAUGCUCCCUCGCUCCGUUGUGGCCGGAAUUGCACACGGGUGCCGAAUAAAUCAUUCAACUACCCCGGCUCCCGGCCUGUUGAAACGACUUCCGCGUACAGUCUCGGUUCCGCCCGCCCCGAAGACCCCUGGGAGUACGGAAAAAAGGGUGGUGCAUUCGUACCGGUAUGUCCGAUGACACACUUUUCGCAGGCAAACAAUGGCAAUUUGACGCUUUUAAUUUUAUUCGCUUUCAUUUUCCACCAUCACAGACACAGACACAUUGAUCGUGAGAAGACUUCACCCGGCUUUGGUGCGGAAAAUAGAAUCGAGUUCGCGUUCUGCGAAAAGAUCGCGUCGAACCAACAGCACCGUUACGCUUCACGUGACCAGCCAGCGACCAUAUAGUCGACCAACCGGAAGCGCGUUGAUUGUCAGCGUGCGUGGGCGCGAGGUGGCGAUCGUGGCGACAUUUGGACAUGCGAGUGGGCUUUUGUUAUAUGGUCAAUCGGUGUAACAGGUUGAUUUCGCCACGGCAUGAUGGGAAGAGCGCCGGAGGUGAUAUGCGGGCAGUCAGCAUGACGUCUUUGUUUCAUCGAACGAACCCCACGAUUUAGGCAUUGUUAUGCGAAACAAAAGCCAACGGAGAGGUUUGUGAGAUGCACAGGUUCUCAAGCCUUAUGUGGAAUACCUGUUUGGAUUUUUGUAGAUCAUGCUCCAGUCCAUUUCAGAUGUUGAUCAAUUUUCCUCAAACGAUGUUUUAGAGUAUUGCCCAUCGUUCGGGACAUCAUCUCAUGCAAAAUCUCAAAGUGCACGCGCCAUGCCUUGAAGACCUUCGCAGUUUACGUUACGCGUUCGGGUUGUUUUCGUUUCGUCUGCUCUUCUCGACAUGCCAGGGCACCAUCCACCAGCCAGGGAGAGUCGCAAAUCGUCGCAAGAAAACCAGUUUUGGAGUUGCGCCAACAUCUUUCGCCAACCGGAGCGCUAGAUGUUGCUGUUAUGUGCUGUGUUAUACGGAGCCUGGACAACAGCAAGAAGGAGUCUCAGACGAAAUGCUGAGACACGUUUGUAAAGCUUCUACGUUCUGCAUUGCAAUUAGGGUUUGGAUUAAAGCGAGAGAGAGAGAGAGAAAGAAAAAGAGAAGAAUCAAAUCAAUUCAGCGUUUGCAAAUCCAUAACACCCCCCAAGCGUUGUGAUCUUCACUGUACAGCGGCACCAUUUGUGUCACUCUCUUAUGACCACCAGAUGCCAUCUCAUUCUCCUACUUGACUCAACCUCGCUGCAAAGUAAACAAUCGUUUAUCGCAAUUUCCGAUCAUAAUUCACACCGUUUCGUCAACAAAAAGCUCAUUUCCCUCCCCGUUUCUGGUGCACUGUAAACUGACUCUACACGCAUACGAAAGGGGGCAAGAGCAUACAAAGGCAUGAGCAUAACUACGGGGCGGCAAAAGGGAAAACAAUUGCAACCUAAAAACAGCUUACCCUCUCCUCCUCUCCUGCUGUUCUUGCGUAAUCCUUUGAAGAGUAAGUGGAGAUCGAGAUUGGAGGGGUUUUUUUAUGCUCAGUAUGAGAAAUAUGGUGGCGUCUCACCCUUUACAGUGGCUGCCUGUUAACUGUAUAUUUUAUGACGUUUUGUCUCCUCGAAGUAGGGGGAGUGGUGGACUGAGAUAGGCAAAGAGAGCCUAGCGGGAUUUAAAAUGCAAAACAAAAAGCAGCGAUUUCAGCACGUUCACCCCCAACCUAUCAUAUCUCUCGCUCUCAGCUCUGUGAAGGAACGGGUCGCAUUUAGUGCCGGACACGAGCAAGGCAGUGCGGUUAUAUGCUGAACCACCUCGAGCAGGCGCUCGGUCGGACAGUUUUAUGGCCUCACGUGCGCCUGUGUGUGUGUGUGUGUGUGUGGAAGCGUUGUUGGGGACGUUGGGGGAGGGUUAGUGGUCAAGAAAAGGACAAAAAAACAAAUGCUAGUUCAACAGUGGUGGACGAGAUAUGGCAACUAGAAAAAAAAACAAGCGUGUCAUACCAUAAAUUCCAAUUCGUUGACUUUCCAAAUCACUUAGCGCCUAAAGUCAACCUCACAGGCCCCAUACAUCAUCCCCCAAAAGUGUCUUCUUCCGGCUUAGUAUGCCCCCUCAUCGCUUCGUUGUUGUCCAUCGCCUUCUCUCUUCCUCUCGCUUUCUAUUUCUCUCUCUCUCUCUCUCUCUCUCUCUCUCUCUCUCUCUCUCUCUCUCUCUCUCUCUCUCUGAGAUCACUUAAGAUCCUUGAUCGACCUUCCUCGGCUUUAAAAUAGGCCCUUCUUUUUCGGCCUCUCUCUAUUUCUAUUUCUCUCUCUCCUUCUCUCCCUCAGUGCUGAAAUUCGUAUGCACCAAUUCCGUCCCUUACUGUGCAGUGUGUGUGUUUGUAUGUGUGUGUGUGUCUGUAUGUAGGGAAUGCACACCCCUAAAUGCCAAUGUUUUUUGCUCUCCUUCUUUCUCUCUUUCUCUCUCUUUCUCAAAUUUGUCCCAUUUCAACGACCUCCUUCCUCCGUCAACCCGUCGCGUUUCUCGCUCCAUCCGUGUGUGACAAAACCAUCCAACGACCCCUUCAAAGGCAGAGGCAGAGGGAGACAGGCGGCAGCUGAUUUGUGUGUGUGUUCGGAAUCAGGUUCUGCCCCUUCACCUCCCCGUUAAAGCGAGGGUGGAAGGGAUGCAAACGCAAAGGGAAGGGAAAAAUACACACACAAAAGAGAGAGAGAGAGAGAGAAAGGGAGAGAACACAACAAAGCAGAAAGUUCAAACGCGUAAAGGCGCGCUGCGGCAUUCUCUCGCGUGACUUCACGGGCGACGGAUGCUGUCCGCGUGCUGCGCGCUGAUCGUUGUUGUACGGGGGUUCGUCGCUUGCUGUGAUCGGGUCGGACGGGUGAAGCUUUCGCAUAGAGAGAGAAGGGAUCCGUUGGUAUCGGGUGUUGGUCGUUUCAAACCUUGAAAGUGGCAAGCAUUAGUUAAGAGUGGUCUUGAAGUGAUCUGCAUACGUUUGUUGGUCUGGUGAAGUGAUUAACGAUCUUGUGUGAUCGUGCAGCAGUGUUAAACGUCUGCCGUUAAACAGUGGUGUUAAUAAUAUCUCGUGUGAUAGAACCAGAAAAGCAAGUAGAAAGCAACUCUUCUGUAGGGUGAUACCUGUGUCUUGCCAAUCGUACCUGUCGUUUAUGUCUGUGCGCGAACGCGCCAAGAAGGAUACGAAAAGUGAAAGAAUCGUGCAGCCUGAGGCGCUAUUAUACGCUCACAAACACAGAGAGAGAUAGAGAGAGAGCACUUGUGACGCUUUGUACAUGUGUGUGUGUGUGAAGUGUGUUAAAAGCAAAACAACAAUCAAGUGUGCCGUUUCCGAAAAGGAUCCGAAAGGAAAGCAAGAAAACCGGACGGGCGGACGCGAGCGCCUUAAAACGUGUUUGCGCGCGCCACCUGGAUGGGGCAGUUUCUCUUGCGUUACUGGAUGACUGGUCUUGUGUGUGUGUGUGUGCAUUUGGUUCGGCGAAGUGAGCGAUGGACCCACUGCCCAACCGCAACCGAAAGAACAUACUGUCGCUGAGCGUGCAACGGACGGCGACCGCGGCAACGACGGCGUCAGACAUGACGUCAGCAAUGGGGACACACCUGCACCGUCAGCAGCAACCCCAGCAGCCCCAGUACCACAAUCGACACACGGCCCUCCCGGGACAACCGGGCGUCGUGCUGCCUGGGGCAUCGUCCAGCCCACUGCUGGUGCAUUCCAGCUCGGCGUCUGCCAUACCGGACAGUCGCUCGUACAAUCCCCAACUACCACCACCACCACCACCACAUCAUCACCAUCAUCACCUUCACCUUCAACAACAACAGCGGCAGCAACAGCAGCAGCAGCAGCAUGAGGAAGGCGGUUUGCCGAAAGCGUUCGUCGCCGCCAUGCGCACCCUGUUCGACAUUAUGGACGAUCGGAAGACGGGCUGCGUGCGGCUGGCCGACAUCGAGGAGCGGUGGCAGGACGACGGCUCGAAAGGGCUGCCACGUGGUGUCAUCGAAAGUUUGCGCAAGGUAACGCCCCCGAACGGGUUGCUUUCGUUCGAGCGCUUCUGCAGCGGCCUCAAGAUCUGCCUGUUGCGCAACCAAUCGAGUCCACUAUCCAGCUCACCGCUGGGACUCGUCUCGCCCCACUCGACCUCAUCCUCACCGCUCGCAAGCCGCGAUGAGCCGCCGCUGAAAGCGUCCAUGGCAAAGCUGUCCCUCUCGCGACCACCUUCCGCACCGCUGCUCGAUCUCGAUGGUGGUGGUGGUAGUGGUGGCAGUGCCGCUAAGUUACCCACCCUGGCACCCGUUUCCGCCUGGCACGCGACCGGUCCAACGACCAACACGGCCACCGUACGCCCGAACAACGCAAUGCCGGCGCAGAAAACGCUCAGCAUGCCGCAGCUACUCAGCCCGGACGGUGAGUUGGAGCUGGAACGGCCGCCGAUCAUACUGCCGGGCGCAUUCGGACCACCGAAACCACCGCGCGUCUCGCUAAAUCUGGAGCGCAAUGCGCAACAGCAUGCGCAGCAGCACCAGCAACUUCCGCUACACAAUCCAAUGAUUGGUGGAGGGGGUGGUGGCGGUGGUUCCAGCAUUGAUAAGGCAGAGAUCCGCAACGCGCUCCAGAACUGGCAAAUGUCACUGCUGCUUGGGGAAGCGGGCGGAGAUAAGGGCGAUUCGGGCAAGGGGACACUGCGCCCGCUAGCACGCGGUUCCGCCGACGGACAGACGGACCUGUCCACCUCCUCGCCCUCCCUACAGUCCAUCAAUCAGCUCGACGGCGCUCGGCUCAGUUCCGGCGGUCUGUACCAGAAGAAAUCGCCCGGCGCGGCCGGACGGCGCCGGGAGCCGCGACGCCACACGCUCCAGAAUGGCGUCGACUACAACAUGCUGAAGCGACUGAAGCAGAUCGAGCAGGAAAAGGACAUCCUGCUGCAGGGGCUGACGGCGGUCGAGCGGGCCAGGGAGUGGUACCACAAGCAGCUGGCGGCGGUGCAGGAAAAGAUGCGAUACCUGGGCCGUCCCGGAUCACACAUGGAAACGUGGACCGAAACGCAACAGGAACGGCUCGAUCUGCAGCGGGCCAGGGUGCUCGAGGUGAACCGCCAUCUAAUGAUGCUGGCCGAAAGCUGGGAACGGGGCGGAUUCCCCAUGCACAUGAACCUUGCCCUACGGCCACUGCCCGGCGGGUUCGCGGGUGCUCCGGGCCACUAUCAGCAGCAACGGUCGCUGCAUCGUCCGGCACAGCCGAACGCUAGCAUUCCACCGGCGGUACCACCACCACCAACAACAGCGUCUGCAGGAGCGACAUCUUCAGCGGGAAAUUACCAACCGACAUCCAGUUCCCAGUCGCAUCAUCUCCAACACCAGCAGCAGUCCCAACAGUCGCCGGAAAUGGUAAACCAUCUGAAGCAGCAGAACCAUCAGCUUUGCGAGGAGAUUAACCAGAAGAACGAGAAGCUGUCCCUGCUCGAGCGGGAAAAGGCGGCACUGAUCCGGGAGCUGCUGCAGCUGCAGCGGACCAACCGGGCCAGCAGCAUGAUAUCGAACACGGAGGAGCUGGUGUUCUGAGACACUUGCCGAGGGUGCUCGCAGUGCCAUUUUGCAAAAAGAGAUUUCUUCCCCCGUUCUACCACCCCGAAACAAUACGCUAGUCAUCACGUGUUGUCGAGCUGUGCGCCGUAGAGAUUCGUCUGUUUGGCGGGCGGGCUUUGUUUUAGCGAUGUUAGGGCCGAUCUUAAAGGAUGCAACACAGCCACGUACCAGGUGCUUCUUUCAUAUCGUCAGUGUUUGUUAAAAUAAAAGAACCGGACGCUCGCGCGAGGAUUGUGUGUGGAUGGUUGGUUUAUAAAACGAAAUAAAGUAAUUGAUUAUUUUAACUACAAA